GUGAGACGCGAAGAUUUUAUAUCGAAAAUGCAUACUGAUUUUAUUGCAUACGGAUUUCAGUUCGAAGCUUCCAAGAAAGCAAUCGUGUGCAUAAUUAAUCAAUGCCAUAAUGUAAGAAGAAUGCUAUAUUAAAAAAACGUGUUACGUAUAAGGUAAUUUAGUUUUUUUACCAUCGCAUUAGUAUAAUUGUUGUUUGGAAUAUUUCAUUCAUCUUGAACUGCUAUGAAUUAAUAAAACCGGUCGUUUACGCGAAGAAUAUAUAAAGGAGAGGAACGAUCAUGUCAGUAUUCAGGCUUAAAAAUCGCUGAUCGAAGCACAAGGAAGUACGCGAAAGAGUCGUUUUGUAAAAUUUGAUAUCAUGCGUUCCUACGUUAUACUAUUGCUAACUCUCUCUCUUCUUGCAUGGACACUGGCCGAAGAUCUUUAUCCAGAUAAAUACGAUUACGUCGACAUCGAUAAAAUUUUGGCAAAUGAUAAACUAAGGGAACAAUAUUACAAAUGUUUCAUGGAGGUACAACCUUGCGUGACUGCCGACGCACAGUUUUUUAAAGAACACAUAACUGAGGCAUUUGUAACAAAGUGCCGACUAUGCACCGAAAGGCAAAAGGAGUUAUUCGAUAAAAUGGCGGAUUGGUACAACAAGAAUGAACCGAGCAAAUGGCAAGCUUUCGUGGAGAAAUCAUUAAACGAUGCAAAAAAACGUGCAAAUAAUUAAACUUUAUCUUACUAAAGAUACGAUGUAAAAAGGUUUUAUAUACUUCUACUAACAUUAUGUAAUUAAUAUUGAAAAUACAAUUUUAUUAAAUAAAAUCGAAUCAAUUGUUGCAAUGA